AUGCCAGAGGCUGUUCACCUUGGAGACCUGCUGCGGAUAUGGGGCCAGCGAGAGCUCACCGGACGCCGCCGGAACCGCGACGCUUUCCAAGGCACGGGCCCCUCUCUCGGGGCGAACCCAUUCCAGGGCGCCCUGCCCUUCACAAAGAAAAGAGAACUCUCCCCGGGGCUCCCGCCGGCUUCUCCGGGAUCGGUACCUGGGGCAGGGUGGGGGCGCGACCGCGACCGCGAGGACCGCGACGCGCCCCCGGCGGAGGAGACCGAGGGCCCGCUCGGGCGCCACCGCGGCGGCGAGACGCACGGCCCGACGGCAGGGAGAACGACACUGCCCGACCCCCGCCCACCGACCGGAGCCGGUGGGGGGGAAAAUCCCGAAAGGGUGUGGCACCGCCACGACCCCCGGCGGCGGCGCCGCGGAGAGACGGCGAGGGGGGACGAGAACGUCGGCACGCGGCCUCCGGAGACCCCCCUCGACCGACCACAGCGCGACACCCGGCUCCGCCGAGGGCCGCCCGGCGGCGGGUACGGACCGCCACCGGCCACGGGGAGGAGCGGACGGCGGGCCCCGGCGGGCCCGGAGAGCGAGAGCGCCGGCCGCGGGCACCACCGCGGCGGUGGGCGAGGACCCCCGAGCGCGGGCGAGCCGCGGGGGACCGGGACGACGCGGGCAGCAGCCCGACGGGCGGACGAGAAGCGGAGGAGAGGAGGCCCGCGGGGAGACCCGCGAGAGGCCGGAAACGCCGGCGACCCCCCGGCCGCCACACGGGGCGAGGCCGGAGGAGAGGAGGCGGCACGGGAAAGGGCAGGCCGGCCGGAGCGGGGGCGAGCCCGAGGAGCCCCGGGGAGGGAAGAACCCUCCGCGGGCCAGGCUCCCCCAAAACGCGGGGGAGGGCCGCGGCAUCCGGCAUGGGGCGCCGCCGCCUCCGCCAGCGGCCCACCGCGGGAAUCUCACCACCCGAGGCCUCCGAGCACAAGGGCGGUCCCGCGGCAGCCGAAGACGGACGACGGCGACCACCGCCGCCACCGAACGGGCAAGGACUCGAGCUUCGCCCGGCACCGACCGACCGGCCAGGCGUGGACGGGUCAGACACCCCCCGACCAAGCGCACCUCCUCGACCGGCAGCAGAGUCGACCGACGGUCACGACCGCCCCCCACCGCACCGACGACAGAACGCACGCCACCCCUCCGAUCACCGCACGCACCUCCGACCAGAGUCCCCCCCGGGCUAAACGAGGCCCGGUCAGGCACGACCUGCAACCGGGCGAGAGAGAACAGCCGCCGCCGGCGGGCGACCGCGCGGGAGGAGGGCCACGGGGGCCGAAGCGCCCGCCCGGCCACCGCAAGGGCACACACAGCCUCCCGUGGGGAGGGCGGCCCGAGGGGGCCGGGGGGAUCCGGGCCCGCGAGGGCCGGGGCACGCGGCACGCGCGCCAGACGGGCUCCGAGAGGAGCAACGAGAGCGGGAGGCGCCCAUCGGGGCGACCGGGCCGCCGGGAAAACAACGCACGGGAAUCCCACCGCCCACAGACCAGGGCGGUCCCGCGCCCACGCCCGGGACGCCGGCCGGCCCCGACGGCCGACCCACCCGCGCCCUCCGCCUCGGAAGCCACGUCCACACGCGUCACCGCAGCGCCCCGCCACCGGGGGCCCGGAGGGUCCAACGCCGACCACCGCCACCCGUCCCCGGCCCCACCGCGGGGCGGGAAGGGCCGACGGCGCCCAGAACCUCCGCGAGCCCGCACGCGCGGGCCGCAACACAAGCCUCUCGCCUUUCCUCUUCCGUCCGCCCGCCCGAGCCCUGACCGAGGGUCCCGGAGCCCAGGCGGCAACGUCCGGCACCCGGGGGGGCCGCCGCCACCACGCGGACCGCGCGGCGGCGCCUCGCUCGGCCGGGCGGCCGAGACGGGACCCCCCGAGAGCACACACCCCGAAGCCGAGCGGUCCGGCGGCCGGUCCCCGCCGGAGCGGGGCCGCGACCGCAUCUCACGUGAGCGUCCGCGUGCCAGUUACUGCGAGGCACGCGGGCGCGCGCCCGGAACGCGGAGGCCCUCCCCCGUCCACCGCCCCGCGGCGAACCGCAGAGGAGGCAACGGCGGGCGACCCCGCGACGAGGACGACCGGCUCGACCCCCCUGGAAGGGUCCAAGCCGCGCCAGAAGCCACGCGCCGACCCGGUGGCGACGGCGGCGGCGGCGGCGGCGGCGGCGGCCGCCCGGGGAAAAGCGGACGCAUCCCCGAGCGGAUGGACGAACCCCCGCCCGCCCGAACCCCCGAGACACACACCCCGAAAGCCACCGGCGCCCCCGCGGGCUCACAGCCGGACCCCGUCACCCUCUCCCCGGCCCUCGUCUCACGGCGCCACCGGCCGGGCACGCGGGGAGAGCGGGUCCGCUCCGCGCCGCUCCUCUCCGGCCCCGGUCCGGCCAUCGGCCCCACUCGGCUCCGGACCCUGGAGCGAUGCACCCACCGCCGGCGGAGCGCCAGCGCGGGCGCCCGGGAAGACUCGGGGCCGCCGCGGACCGUGGAGCGACACUACGCGCCACCCGCCGGCGGAGUGCUGGUCGACCCGCCCGGACAGCCCCGCCAGGCGCCGGCACCCGGCUCCGAAGGCAACAGGACCUCCCCUAUAAGCCUGCAGUUCCAAUCUCCGCCGUCGGACCUCGUGGGGUGGCGCCUUGACAGCGGGACCAAUUUCGAUUGGGACGCCGACCUCCUGGAAGGCCGCCUCGGGCACUGCAACCGAAUCGCUGCCGUCACCUCCAGAGGAGCUCCGGCGCCGAAGAAAAGCGGACGCCAGGUGGCGCCCGAGCACCCUCUGUGGGAUCGCCAUCCCCGCGCGGAUGAUGUGGAGGGAGACUAA